AUGUUAAAAUUUAAAGUUAUCUUUGAAGGCAAAGAAAUCAAUUCAGAAAGUCUACCUUAGAAACAGAUUCAAGAAUUUAUUAAUAAAUUAAUUUCUACUUUGAAAUUGUUAAAUGAAAAUAAAGUGUUUGGAAUUUUCAUGAAUGGAUCUGAACUCAAAAAAGAUAAAACAUUCUCUGAUUAUAAGGUUAAAAGUGGAUGUAUUUUAGAACUAAAACCUACAAUAAUUUAUGAAUACAUUUUUCUUAAAAUAAUCGGAUAAUAGAAAACAUGUUUUCCAUAUAUUUGUUCAGGAGAAAAGGCUCAGAAACUUUAUGAUGAUGUUGCAAAGGAAUUAAAUCUCUCAAAUUAAUCAUUUACACUUUUGUUUCAAGGAGUUCCAUUAGAUAGGAAUAAAUAAUUAAUUGAAUAUAAUCUUGUUUCAAAUUCUAUUAUUAAUUGUGAAGAUGGAUUAAGAAUAUAACCAUAAAUUACAGUCAAAAUUUAGUAUAAUAAUUAAGAUUAUAACUUUGUACUUAAUCAGGAAAGUCGUAUAUCUGACUUAGAGUAUUAAAUAAAAUAAAAGUUUAAUAAUAAAGAUUUCUAUCUUUUGAAGAAUGGAGAAUAAGAAUUGUAAUCCAAUCAAAAAAUAAAUACUUUGAAUGCUAAUUACAUUUUGGUAUCUUUGAAAAAUUAAUUUCUCUAAAUAACACCCUAAUAAUAAAUUAUAUAAAAAGAACCAUAAUAAGAAAUUAUACAAAGAAUACCUUAAUAAUAAAUUAUAUAAAAAGAAACUUAAUAAGAAAUUAUAUAAAGAACACCCUAAUAAGAAAUUAUAUAAAAAGAACCUUAAUAAUAAAUUAUAUAAAAAGAAACUUAAUAAGAAAUUAUGUAAAAAGAACUUUAAUAAUAAAUUAUAUAAAAAGAACCCUAAUAAGAAAUUGUAUAAAAAGAGCCUUAAUAAUAAAUUAUAUAAAAAGAACCUUAAUAAUAAAUUAUAUAAAAAGAACCUUAAUAAUAAAUUAUAUCAAAAUAACCUUAAUAAGAAAUUAUGUAAAAAGAACUUUAAUAAUAAAUUAUAUAAAAAGAACCCUAAUAAGAAAUUGUAUAAAAAGAACCCUAAAUAUAGAUUAAAAGGUCAUUUACAUCAUAAAAAAUAAAAAUAUUAAAAGACCCUUUAAAAGGUGAAAUAUAGUAAUUCUAAUUUAUAUGCAAUGAUGAUAAAUAAUUUGAGAAACACUUGGCUUUGAAAGUUUUAAUUCAGAAUGAAAUUCGGAAUAUAUAAAUACCUGAAAAUACUGUAGUUUAACAAAUUGAAGAAUAACUUAAGGCUGAAUUUAAAUUUCCUUUUGCAAUCAGGUUAUUUUAUAAGAAUUAAAUUUUAAAUUCUAAUGAGACCUUAGCAUAAUAAAUUGUUAAAGAAAUAGAAAGUUUUUAGAUAACGUUAAAUUUAAUUUAUGAAUAAAAUCCAGUAAUUACUGUUAAACGCUCUAUGGAUACCACUAUUAAGUAAAUUGAGGAUUUUAUAAUUUCAUAGAAUAAACUUAAUAUAAAUAUACAUGUUUAAUUAGAUGGAAUUGUUCUAGAUUCAAGUAAGACUUUAAGGGAGCUUUAGAUUAGAGAUAACACAAAUCUUUAUUUAAAAAAUAAUAUAAAACUUGUAAUCCAAAGAGGCGAUGAUAUAAUUGACUACUAUGCUUUAGAAGAUACAAACACAAAGUAAUUAUCUGAAGACCUUACUAAAAAGCAUCAUUUUAAACCUCCUUUCAUUCUCUAAAAAGAAAGUGGAGAUAAAUUAAAAUCAAACUUAACUCUUAAGCAAUAAGGAUUACAAAAUAAUCAUAUAAUUUUUGUGAUUGAAGAGAAGUUGAUAGAAAUUAACCUGAUGUAUUAGAAUAAUAAAAAAUUAAUUUCAGUUGAAGAAAAUUCAAUAGUUUCGGAUUUGAUUAACCUCACUUAAGAAUAGUUCUCAAUUUAAGGGUAAAUAUAACUAAAUCUUGAAGGUAAUCAAAUUUUAAAUCCUAAUGAUACAUUAAGCAAUUAAAAAGUUUAAAUGGGGAGCAACUUAUAAGUUUUAUUGGUUGCUUAAGAUAAUCAAAUUCCUUAACCUCCUUUUCCUCAAAAAACUUUAUUAGCUAAAAAUGUCUCUAAUGGUUCUAUAUUAGAUGGAGCCAAAAACGAAAAUUAAGAACAGCCACCUUUAGAAUAAAUAAAAAUUUUCAUUAAUAUUGGGAAUUAAAAAGAAAUUAUGAAUGUUAAAGUUAAUUUUAAAGUGAUAGAAUUGAUAAAAUAUAUAUAAUAAAUCUAUUAUCUUAAAGAAAAGUUUUAAUUAAGUUUAGAAGAUAAAGUAAUGUUAAAUGAUGAAUUAACAUUAGCUGAAUACAAAGUUCAAUAGGAAGACAAUUUAUUUGUAAUUUUUAAUUAGGAAUAAAAUCUAUAAUAAAACUAAAAUCCGUAAUAAAACUAAUAUUCAUUAAACUAUAAUACUUAAUAUAACUAAAAUCAAUAAUAUAAAUAAUAUCCAUAUUGUAACUAAAAUUCAUUUUAAAACUAGUACUCAUAUUUUAACUAAAAUUCAUUUUAAAACUAAUACUCAUAAUUUAACUAAAAUCGAUAAUUUAACUAAAAUUAAUUAUCAAAUUAGAAAACAGAAUAUAACUAAAUUCCAUCAGAUAAUUCGUAAAUACAAAAAUUUCAAUAGAGUUCUUAAAUUUUCUAACAAAAUGUCGGUUUGGAAUUAAAUUAGAAAUUUCCUUAAAAAUUUAAUCGUUAAAUGAGUUAAGAAUUUCCCCGAUAACUGAUGGGAUAAUAAAACUCAUAAAUAAUACAUCCAUUUGCAUAAGCAAAAGUUUAACUUCGAUAUAAUAAUAAUAUAUUAAUUUAGGAAAUGGAUAGUAGUAUGAGUGUUGGGGCCUUAGAGAAAUUGGCUUAGGAAUAAUAUAAAAUAUAUGAACCAAUAUAAAUAGAAAAAUAAGGAUAGGUUUUGAACUCUCAAUAGAUUAUUGGUGGGUUGAAUUUAAUAAAUUUGGAAAUUUUGGAUAUAGUAAUAAAAUAACCAUCAAAUCCAUUUUUUAUAUAAGAAUUGAGUUUGAUAAUUAAAGUGAAAGAGAAUGAGAAUGCUAUUGAAAUUUCGAUAGAUUAAGAGAGUAAGGUAUCCUAAUUGAUAGAAUUCUUGAAAUAAAAUUAUAAUAUUAAUGAGACAGUAGAAUUAUGGUAAAAUCAAAUCUAAUUAUAUGAAAAUAAAAGCUUAAAGGAGUAGAAUGUUUAAAAUAAGAGUUAAUUGACUCUAAAGUAAAAGAAUUGA